AUGUCUCAAAAUGGAAAAAACAUACCAGGUACCACCCUUCUCUCUCCAUGGGAGCAACCACUAAGCCUUGUUCAAGACCCUCCGACCGGCGGCAAACCGAAAGUCGUUGGCAUAUACGGAAUUUCUGGGUCCGGAAAGACGUACAUGUUGAACCAACUGAAGCUUUCACUGGGCGCUGAGCUGUUCCUAUUCUUCGAAGGGUCCGAGAUGAUUUCGACCCUUGUUCCGGGCGGCCUUGAAGCCUUUAAGAAAUCGGCGGACCAGCGCAAGGCAGAGUGGCGUCAACUUGCCAUCGACACGAUCGGGAAAGUCUGCACUGCUAGCGGCAAAUCAGGGAUCGUUACGGGACAUCUUAUGUUCUGGCCAGACGAAGAAGAGGAAGGGCACAUGGUCUACACCCCAAACGACCUCGCCACUUUCACACAUAUCCUCUACCUGGACGUGCCUGUCAGCAUCGUUCAACAACGCCAUCGAGAAGAUACGGGGCGAACGCGUCCAGCCAUGACCGAACGUCAUUUGGCAAAGUGGCAGCAGGCUGAGAAAAAUCAGCUAAGCCAGCUCUGUCGCGACCACGGCAUUCUGUUCUCGCUCCUCGCUCCAUCUUCGACUUCAUAUUCCUCUUUGCCGAGCAAGGUUUCCGUUUUACUUCGUGAUUUCAACCUUCAUACGGAAAAGCACAAUCUCUCUUACGCGGAGACCAGGCUGGACGACAUGGUUGCCCUUCAGAGUGGCCGGGUGAAGACCAUGCUGGUAGUCGACGCCGACAAGACGCUGGCAGCGGAGGACACUGGAGAACUGUUCUGGGCAAAAUUCCGCAAGACAGAGCAACCAAAGAGCGCGGAUUCUCCAUUGAAGUCUCUUUUCAGCAGCUCGUUGGGGUACUCGUACAAUGCCUUCCGGCAGGCCACACUGCUCAACGAACAGGCUACUGACGACAAAGAGUAUGAAGCUCUUUGUCAAGAUGUUGCCUCGGAGGUCACAAUGUACCCAGAAAUGGUGUCGUUGUUGCAGUCUGUAUCACAACAAGAACAUGUUGGCGUGUGUCUUGUCAGCUGCGGCCUUCGUCGUGUCUGGGACAUUGUGCUGGAAAGAGAAGGGUUUUCAGACACUGUCAGAGUCAUCGCCGGAGGACGUAUUGCAGACGGACUGGUGGUUACCCCAGCAGUCAAAGCUGCCAUGGUCGUUCGUUUACGGAAUGUUCACCGCAUGUAUGUGUGGGCAUUUGGAGAUAGCCCUCUGGACUUGGAAAUGCUGAAGGAAGCAGACCAGGCGGUUGUUGUGGUGGGGGACAAGAGUUCCAGGAGCAAGAGCAUGGAUGUUGCGUUGUCCGUUGCCAUCAACCAAGGCGGUCUUCAGGCUCGCCAAGUUCUACUUCCCAACAGCGUGUCUCCCCGGCUCGACCCCGCAACACUCCCCGUGGCUGAAGUCACCGAGGCUGGUCUUAUCAGCUCCAUCCUCCGCCGUCGCCAUGCCUUCUCGGUUUUCCUUGCAACCGACAAAAAUGCAGCGAAACUGCUUGCGACUCGCAUGCGAGAUUCAUCUGUGGCUGGUCCCGCGCUGAGGGAAGCACAUCGUCGCGCCGGCGCCUAUCUGGCAACCGAGUAUCUGAGCAGCGUCAUCGGUGUCGAGGAGCGUGGCAUUUCACACGUCUUGGGCCACAUUUCCAAAGGCUAUCAGCUUCGACACGAGGCAGAGACGACAAUUGUAGCCGCUAUGCGAGCCGGAGAACCAAUGGCAAGCGGUGUCAACGAAGUGAUCCCACUGGCCAUGUUCGUCCACGCUAGCGGCCCGGAGAGCAUCGAGGCGCACCACCUGCAAGGGCAACACCAGGUACUGCUUGUCGAUGCUGUCAUCAACACAGGCAAGACGAUUCUGGAACUCGUGCGAGCGAUCCGCAAGCUAAAUCCCGACAUUCGAAUCAUCAUCGUAGCCGGUAUAGUCCAGGCGGAGUGUAUUUCACCAGACACCCCAUUCUACAAGACGCUGGCCGAUUGCGGGAGUAUCAGCAUUGUUGCACUUCGAAGCUCCGAUACCAAAUUCACUGGUAGCGGUGGCACUGAUACGGGAAACCGGCUUUUCAACACAACACAUCUAAAGUGA